UAUGAUACUGAUUCCAUGUUACCGUCAAUCGUGAGGCCAUCAGUUCCAGACACAAAGAGCCAUCUACAAAUGUUAGACAAGCUCUCUCCUCCAUGAAACCUCAGAGAUGCGCAGGCACCACACAACCCGAUCUUUCAGAUACCGGAAAUGCCCCAUCCCACAGAAAGCUAUAGGUGGAGUGCCACCACAAAAGUGCAGGAAUUACCUGGGGCAGCCAUGUCAUUUCCCCGCCAAGAAACUAUCUCCACUAGAAAGGCUAUGAAUACCGCCAAGCAAUGCAAGAUAUCCUUUCAAGCUCACCACUCAUCUGCCGCUGCCGCUGCUGAAGAAAAACGCACAUCCUUCCUUCCUAGCACCAACUCGCCACCCAAUUAGGCCAUUACCUUCCAAAAUUCUCCCAUCCAAUGGCGCUACGCCUCUCCGUCUCCUCCUCGCACGGGCCGGCUUCCUCGCCGGCCAUCUCCACAUGCCGCCCCGCCGCCUGCGGGCGCUUCCCCGCCUUGCUCGGCGGCGGUGUGGCUUCUCAGAGGAGGAGCCUGACGGUGGUGUCUGGCCCUGAGACAAGGGCGGUGAUCCCCGUGAGGUCGAGCGGCUCGGACACCGCCACUGUUGGGGCCGAGGCGGAGGCGGUGGCCGUGACCGGGCAGGUGACGGAGGUGAACAAGGAUACCUUCUGGCCAAUUGUCAAGUCGGCAGGGCCCAAGGUCGUCGUCCUCGACAUGUACACCCAAUGGUGCGGCCCUUGCAAGGUGAUGGCACCGAAAUUCCAGGAGAUGUCCGAGAAGGACCAGGACGUUGUGUUCCUCAAACUCGACUGCAAUCAAGACAACAAGUCUCUUGCAAAGGAGCUGGGCAUAAAGGUUGUGCCAACAUUCAAGAUUCUCAAGGACGGGAAGGUCGUCAAGGAGGUCACAGGUGCCAAACUAGAUGAAUUAAUCCAAGCGAUCGAGACGGUGAAGUCAAGCUGAGGAAUGCCCUGAAAAUUUGCAUCAGUUAGCUUGUUGUCACUAGUGUACGUUAUGGGUGAACCACCAGUUAUUGAAGUGGGUAUUCGACAUGGAGACAAACAGUUAAUCUAGUUCUUCUGCCUAUGAUGAUUUAUCAAGCAUCCAGAACAAUAUACGGCCAUUUAUAUGGAAUGCACCAUGUAAAUAACUAUUUCCAACGUCAUGAUGAUCUGUUUUCUAAUCUUACUGAUUUGCAAGUGAACAUUGUAUUCAUGGUUAGCAAAAUUUCAAAAUAUAUCAACAAAUUUCCAGCUGAA